AUGAGUUCUUGCUUACAAGCAGUUACUUUCAUCCUGAAGUUUAUGAGGUCACAUAAAAAUAUUUAAACUUAUUUUUAGACUAACAUAGUCACUGGUAUCUAUGAAGGUUCAUGUUGUACAGAAAGAAGUAUUGGACAUCCAGAAAACCCAGGAAACAGGUAGACUACAAUGCUUGCAACACUGAAAGUACCACUUUAAAUAUAGGUGGUAAGUGGCAAUAAAAUUAAUUUUAGGAAGAUGUUAUGAAACCCUUUAAGGAUAUUCUGUUCUUUAUUGGUGUGUUUUACAUCACUAGCUCUACAGAAGUCCUUCAAUAAAUAAAUUUAGUAACUUUUAAGCUCACCUACCACGGAUGAAUACACAGAAAUGGGAUGAAACAGAACUGCUCUGAAAGAGUCCAUAACAUGGUAAUUUGGGAAAAGGGAAUAGAGAUACCCCACUACAAAGCCUUUAAAGCAAUUUGGAUUUGCUAUGAUAUGGAAUUCAAGAUUUUUUAAGAGGGCAGUUUUCCCUGGACAAUUUAUUACCUUAAUCAAAAUGGGACAGCAACAAAGAAUUACCACAGUUAAUAAUAUAUACACUAACAUUUUACACUAACAUUGUUUUUGUUUGAAUUUUAUGACUACUGAGCAUACUCUCAUCUGCUUUCAAGAAGAAAGGGAAAGGUCAAUGGAAGUGCCUACAAUUUCUUGCUAGAUGCUGUAGAGCUGCAUCCCAGGAGAAAGGAAAGAUAGGGAUCAGGUGUUCUGCAACACUUCAAAAGGUGAUGAAAACCACAAGAGAGCACACCAUCUCCCCGCGCCAGGUAGGUGCAAUGUAUUGUGACAGCUGGAUUCCUUUUUAAUUAGAGGCAAAGUUGCUAAGGGACAUUUUAAAAAUUAUUAGUAAAUCACUAUAGUGCCAGCUGCUUUAACGUUUUGGUUUAUACUGCAAUUACAGUGAACAAAUGACAUAUUGUCCAACUGUAUUAUUAAGACACCUAUGUAAUGGGAUGAUUUUGUAAUUGCUGUUGUGUUUCACUCCUCCUGAGCACAGCAAAUAGUCUUUCUGUUCUUCCGACCAGUUAGUCACACGUCUCUGGUUUGUAUAUAUUAUGUGAAACAUCACCUGCAGAAGUAACCAAAGGAUUUGGCUCACCAAAACCACAUUAGUCAGAGGUUUUUCUGGUCUAUUUACCUGGGAGUUACACCUCUGACAGGCAUCUUUCUUACACCUGCACAGAUGCUUAAAUCUUCCUGUGGUUCACUAGCAUGUUCUAGGAUUUAAGGGGGGAAAUAAUAGGCAAGAGGUGGAGAAUCAGGGUGGGGCAGGUGUUUGAAGUGUUCGAGGUGGUGGUUGUGUAUUCCUGAAACCUCAGGGGUAAGCAUCUCCCCCCCCUCCCCACACACAAACAGCAUUAAGAUAAGCAAACCCUUUUCAGGUUCUACUAAUCUACAUAAUGAUGCGGACAAGUACCACACAGAAACCGGCUCAGAAGCAGAGUGGGAAUUACGAUGUGCGACCCAACUGUGUGCUUUAGUAAACUCCUUGCAGCAAAUAUCUGUCCUCCUGGAUGUUGUCAGUCGUUCUUGUGCAGGGCACAUCCCUGAGGCGCCUGGAAAGGUGUGACCCGCGCCAGUUCUCCUCCAUGGACCUGACCCCAUCACCCCGUUCAGUCUCCGUGCUCUCACUCUUCAUUCUUGUCCGAGCGACUCGCGGGAUAACAAAUACAGAGCGCCCAAGCCUGGCGUGAAAGCUGACAAGCUACUUAGAAAAACAGAGUAAACUAUUAAGAAAGAAAAAUGGGAUUUUAAAAUCCUAAUUUAAAAAUAUUCCGUGCAGGGCGCGGCGGGAUCCGCCCCCGUCGUUCCGUACAGCGACAUGGCCGCCCCCAUGGCGUCCCGGCCCGCACACCCCCACCCCCCGCGAGCCCUCCGGCGGACUCCUGUCCGUACAACAAGAUGGCGGCCACCUCUCGCCGACCCCUUCCCGAAGCCAGAAGGCGGCGCCGCGGCCGUAAAGCAGCGCCCGUUUCCCGAUAUCCAGCUGUCGCAAACCGGUGAAUGGCUGUGGAGAGGGGCCGGGGGGGGUGGGGGACGCGGGCCCGCGCUGGUGGCACGGGGGGGCGGCGGCGCUAGCGGCGGCUCCUCCGCGUCCUGCUGCCCCGGGAAAGCGCUGCCUGCCGGCGGGCGAAGGCCAAGAUGGAUCCUAACAGGAUCAUCCAGGCGCUGAAGGGCACCAUAGACCCCAAGCUGCGCGUCGCCGCCGAGAACGAGCUCAACCAGUCCUAUAAGAUCAUCAACUUUGCUCCAAGUCUGCUGCAAAUCAUAGUAUCCGAUCAAGUUGAAUUUCCGGUGCGUCAAGCAGCUGCCAUUUACCUGAAGAACAUGGUGACCCAGUACUGGCCGGACCGUGAGCCGCCUCCUGGAGAAGCAGUUUUCCCGUUUAAUAUCCAUGAAAAUGAUCGGCAGCAGAUUCGGGAUAACAUUGUAGAAGGAAUAAUUCGUUCUCCUGACUUAGUGAGAGCCCAGCUGACAAUGUGCCUCCGUGCUAUCAUUAAACAUGACUUCCCUGGCCAUUGGACAGCUGUGGUAGACAAGAUAGGAUACUACCUGCAGUCUCCAAACAGUGGGAGCUGGCUUGGGAGCCUCCUGUGCCUCUAUCAGCUGGUGAAGACUUACGAGUACAAAAAGGCAGAGGAACGAGAUCCCCUCAUAGCAGCCAUGCAAAUAUUUUUGCCUCGGAUUCAGCAGCAGAUGAUCCAGCUUCUGCCUGAUAACUCCCAUUACUCUGUACUGCUUCAGAAACAAAUCUUAAAAAUCUUCUAUGCUCUUGUUCAGUAUGCAUUGCCCCUCCAGUUGGUGAAUAACCAGACUAUGACUCAGUGGAUGGAGAUCUUCCGGACCAUCAUUGAUAGAAAUGUACCACUGGAGACUUUGCAAAUUGAUGAAGAUGAUAGACCAGAGCUGGUGUGGUGGAAAUGCAAGAAGUGGGCAUUGCAUAUUGUAGCUCGUCUCUUUGAACGAUAUGGAAGUCCUGGAAAUGUAACUAAAGAAUACUUUGAAUUCUCAGACUUCUUUUUAAAAACCUAUGCUGUGGGCAUACAACAGGUUCUCUUAAGAAUCUUAGACCAGUACAGGCAAAAAGACUAUGUUGCACCACGUGUUCUUCAGCAAACGUUGAAUUAUCUAAACCAAGGGGUGAUUCACUCUAUCACAUGGAAGCAAAUGAAGCCACACAUACAGACUAUAACAGAAGAGGUGAUAUUCUCUCUAAUGUGCUACAAAGAUGAGGAUGAGGAGCUCUGGCAAGAGGAUCCAUAUGAAUAUAUCCGCAUGAAAUUUGAUGUAUUUGAGGACUAUGCAUCCACAACAACAGCAGCACAGAAUCUCCUUUACACUGCUGCAAAGAAGAGAAAAGAGGUAUUACCAAAAAUGAUGGCAUAUUGCUACCAGAUUCUGACAGAGCCGAACAUUGAUCCAAGGAAAAAAGAUGGAGCUUUGCAUGUUAUAGGAUCCCUAGCAGAUAUUUUACUGAAGAAGAGUGUCUUCAAGGAUCAAAUGGAGCUGAUGUUACAGAAUCACGUCUUUCCCUUGUUCAUGUCUAACCUGGGAUACCUUAGAGCUCGAUCCUGUUGGGUACUUCAUUCAUUCAGUGCUUUGAAAUUUCACAAUGAGCUAAACUUGAGGAAUGCAGUAGAGCUGGCAAAGAAGAGCCUGAUUGAUGAUAAGGAGAUGCCUGUCAAAGUAGAAGCAGCCAUAGCCCUUCAGACCUUAAUAAGCAACCAAGAGCAAGCCAAGGAAUAUGUGAAGCCUUAUGUCAGGCCAGUGAUGCAUGAGCUCCUGCACAUUGUCAGGGAGACAGAAAAUGAUGAUCUCACAAAUGUAAUCCAGAAGAUGAUCUAUGAGUACAGCCAGGAAGUCGCUACUAUCGCUGUGGACAUGACCCAGCACCUGGCUGAAAUAUUUGGUAAAGUACUUCAGAGUGAGGAAUAUGAGGAAGUGGAGGACAAAACAGUUAUGGCCAUGGGCAUCUUGCACACAAUUGACACAAUCCUGACAGUUGUGGAAGAUCACAAGGAGAUCACUCAACAACUUGAGAGCAUUUGUUUACAGAUCAUUGGCCUUGUUUUGCAGAAACAUGUUAUAGAGUUUUAUGAAGAAAUUCUGUCCUUGGCCUUCAGCUUAACUUGCCACAUGAUUUCACCUCAGAUGUGGCAGCUUUUAGGCGUUCUGUACGAGGUUUUCCAGCAGGAUUGCUUUGAAUACUUUGCAGAUAUGAUGCCUCUCUUGCAUAAUUAUGUGACCAUUGACACUGAUACUUUACUGUCUAACCCAAAGCAUUUAGAAAUAAUUUACUCUAUGUGUAAAAAGGUACUGACAGGAGAUGCAGGGGAAGAUGCAGAGUGCCAUGCAGCCAAACUCCUAGAAGUGAUUGUUCUUCAGUGCAAAGGACGGGGUAUUGACCAGUGUAUUCCCCUCUUUGUGGAGGCUGUUCUGGAGCGCUUGACUCGAGGAGUUAAAACAAGUGAGCUCCGUACCAUGUGUCUUCAAGUUGCCAUAGCGGCACUCUACUACAAUCCUGACCUACUUUUGCACACCUUGGAGAACAUCAGAUUUCCACACAAUCCUGAGCCCAUCACUGCACAGUUCAUAAACCAGUGGAUGAAUGACACAGACUGUUUUUUUGGACUCCAUGACAGAAAGAUGUGUAUAAUAGGACUGAGCAUCCUAAUGGAAUUGCAGAACCGACCACCUGCAGUGGAUGCUGUGGCUGCCCAGAUUGUUCCUUCAAUCCUCCUCCUCUUCCUGGGCUUAAAACAAGUUUGCGCCUCACGAGAGCUCACAGAACACGAGGAUCAUGCUAAAGAUGAAAAACACUUUGCAGAAGAUAAUGAAGAGAUACCAAGCGAUGAGGAUGAGACAAAUGAAGUGAGCCAGGCAAUGCAAGAGAACCACGGUGGAGGAGGAGGUGGCAGUGCUGGAGGUGGAGAGGAAGAGGAUGAAGACGACGAUGAUGAUGAUGACUGGGAUGAAGAUGCAUUGGAGGAGACUGCUCUUGAAGGGUUCAGCACACCUCUUGACCUUGAAAAUGGUGUUGAUGAAUACCAGUUUUUUACACAAGCACUUCUGACGGUGCAGAGCCGGGAUGCAGCCUGGUACCAUUCUCUGACCGCGCCGUUGAGCGAGGAUCAGAAGAAGCAGCUGCAGGAGAUCUACACAUUAGCAGAGCACCGGAGAACUGCUGCAGGAAGCGUGAGCAGGAUAUCAUGAUUACGUUAUUCCUUGCCUGGAAGUGUGUGUAUUCAGAAGACUAAGACAAUAGAACAGCAAAGUGGCUACACAUUUGACAACAAAGGACUGAUCACAGCAUUUAGUUUUGCUGGAAAUACUCCUGGUGGCAACUGAAGGAUCGGCUACAAAGGUCAAUGGGAAGGGUCUCAUCAUUACAUUUUCUUGAAAUCAUCGUGACUUCUGAGUGAUAGGGGAGGGAAAUUUAAUGCUGCUGAAGGUUUUCUGGGAAAUAGCAGUGUGCUUCCCCCAUCAGAAUGCUCUUUCUAACCAGCUACUGUAAUGUACAAAUUCUUGUGGUGUUUUUAUAAUUUGAUGGACUGAAAGGAAAUGUUCGUCCUUGAGGAACCUGGAUGACCGGGAGGGGCCAGGCUGCAUCUAAUUGAGUUGCACUUCUCAGGUUUUUGCUGUGCAGAAUUGAUAGAUUCAUAUGGAUAACAGUGCCUUCUGUUGUACAUGGAUUGCCUGAACAAAUGGAUUUUGGAGUGCAUUAUAAUUUUUUAAGUGUAAGGACAUUUCUUGAUAUACUGUAAGCCUUGGUUCCAUGUUUUCCAAUCACCUGCUUUUUACUGCUCGGUUUAAUUGUUUGUUGGUUGCAUACAAAUUGCUGGAUUCAGAAUAUUAGCACACCUUCUCUAUUUGGUGCAGACCAAAUGUGUAGAGGGAGAUGUGUGUUGGAGUUGCAGAGCAUACACUGGUUAUGUCAAAGGGUCUUAACAAAAUGGCAGAUUUUCCCUUGAUGCAGUAGUCUUAAAUUAUUUCUCUUAGCCAUGAAUUCAAUUUGCUUGAGUUAGAGUGGCUUGCCUGGCAGGUGGCUACCCUAAAUCCAAAUCAAUAUUAGCUCCUGCCUGGACAAAUGGUGUGGCCCUCUCAUGUGGAUGUUCUACAUGACAGCUUAUUUCUGCUAGUAUUGAUGAAUGUUGGAUUAUACAUGGGAUAAUCUCUUCUGGUUUUUUUUCAUUCAUUACCAUUCCAGUGGUAGUACUGAAUAAUGUGGUACAAAAUAUUUGCAAUAUUUUAUUUAUUUUGAUAGAAGAUGAACAGCUUCAAACUUACUUCUUACUGUUACACCCUGUGAUUGUAUUUCUGGUCUGCACUGCAGUUAGUUGUUUUUGUUCCAUGCUAAAAUUUCUUCUGACAGAUUUUUUUCCUGAAUUUUGAAGACUGGUUUCACCAAUGAAGGUUUAGACUAGAUAUUAGGAAAAAUUCCCUCAUGGAAAGGGUGGUCACACAUUGGGACAGGUUGCCCAGGGAAGUGGGAAGAAUCAACAUCCCUGGAAGUGUUUAAGCAACACAUAGAUGGGGCACUUAGGGACAGGGUUUUGCAGUGAACACAGGGUUAACAGUUGUACUUGAUGACCUUAGAGGUCUUUUCCAACCUAAAGGGUUCUAUAGGACAAGGUGUUUGUGGAGAAGUUCAUUUAGAGAGGAAGUGAUAGCAGUACUAAUUUGAGUAGGUGCCCCUCCUUUAGGUCUACUGGGAUCACAGUGGUGUAGCAAAAAGCAGUAGGGGUGCUUUAGAAUGUGAACUUUGGAUUGGAGAUAAAAUGUUUAGACCAAAUUUUGUCUCUGUGUUAAUUUCUUUAUGAUUUAAAAAUAUUCACCAAUCAAUUUUAAACACAUACUAAUAAUCUGUUUCUUUACAGCAGUGUCCCAAAUAAAAAGUCAAAGCCUUUCCCAUACCCCUUCAAAUUUUCCACAACUACAGUAAAUUACAGACUGCUGGCUCUGUGCAGUGCUGAAGCUUUCAUUUUGUCAUUCUGGGUGAGUCUGAUAAAUCUGAAGCACUCUGUGCCUUGGCUCCUGGAAAAGGCCAGAGGAUCUCUGCCCGUUCCUUCUGGAAUUUUCCUAGCCUGGCAGCUGUGGGGCAGAGUGUUCCCUACGCUUUCCUGUUUCCUGUACCUUUUUGUCAGACUCUAAGGCUGUUUCUGUGCUGCUCCUUCCUCUUUCUUUUUUUUUUUGCCUCCCUUUCCCCAGCAGCUACAGAGUAAAGUUGGCCUGGUUCAUGUAGGUUUUUCACUGAUGCUGCUUAGUUAAUAGCAACAGUGAAAAUGUCUUGUUUUUAGGCCUGUUGUACAUGUGGAAAUGGUGAGAGUUCCAGGGUCUGUACUUCUAAAAAGGAACAGUCUGUUGAGCUGCACCGGACAGGCUCUUUAAGGUCAAGCAGCAGAGGGCCAAGAUAUCCUUUAUUUUGAAUGUCAGGUUAUAAAAAUUACAGGUCACUCCCUAAUUUAGGCCUGGGGGUGUACUGACAGUAAGUAGGAAAGCAAUACAUCCAGUUUGUUGGGGACUUUGUCAGAAACCACAGAAGUUUUGAAAUCAUUCACAAAUUUAAUAAAUGGUUUUUGGAAGUUAAGGGCAUUGGUGACUUCUCUCUUACCUGUCGAUUGAAGUUAGGUAUUAGGCAGGUAAACUGUUUAAGCCCUUUAUUAUUUUAUUAAAAGAAACAAGACUGUCAAGUUAGGUUUCUUUCAACGCCCAUUUGCCUUCUCUAUACUGGCAUGCAGAGUAGAAGAUGGAUUUAUUUUUCUUCUGCUAAUGAGGUUGCUUGCACAGUCACAGGCUAAUAUUUAGGAGUUGAUGUGUUCAAGGUAAAAUCUGCUUUUGCAUAGCAUCAUCUUGGUGUCACUAAGCUGAACUAUGGCUGCUCCCUAGUUCUGCUUCUUGUAUACUUUUCAAAUCAGCUGCCAAGAAAAUUUCAUCCAGAUGUUUCAUACAAGAGUUUAAUCAGCAUUGUGGAGUUGGGACUCUUUGUUGUCUAUUUUGCAUUGGAGUCAGAGAUGUCUGAGGGAAUGGCAUGUAAAAAGGUUAAAUGCCUUUCCCUUCCCAGAAGAUUCAUGAGCAAAUGUUUCUACUGGCAAAAGCAAAUGUUAAUUAUUUUAUUCCUUUUUUUGAAAAGGGUUUUCAUGCAAAAAGAUUUAUUGGGCUCUGGCCUCCACUUUAACAUAUGGUUCUCUUUUAUGAUAAAUACCCAUUUGUACAUGAUCAUAAAUAGGUAAUGGAUUUUAGGUGUUUCUUUCUGAGCUGUGUCCAGCUUUGUACUAUAUUAAAGGGAGAGUAACACAAAUGUGCAUUUACUGUCUCACUUUGAAGCUGAGGUAAUCGUGGAAUAUCAGAUACUAGCACUGCCAACCAAGCCUGAUGUAUUUGCCAUUGGAAGGAUAGAGAAUCAUGAAUGUAUUGCAAAAUAAAACAAAGGCUGAUAACUGGUGACUUAUGUUGCCCCAUGCCCAUAAUCCCAAAGUGUAAAGAUGAUCUGUGUGGGCACUACAGUGGCUUUACAUAGGAAAUUAGUGUUAUGGAGGUUAUAGUCAUAGCAAAUGUGAACUUACAUAAGCUGCUUUUCCAGAUAAAAUUAACUGAUCCUGGGUGUUGAACUGCAUAUGCUGUUUUGUCACUUGUGAAAGGAAAAUAAGAUUCACCACAUGUUUUGGCUGCCUCUUUUUGCUGUCUCUCUUUCAGCAUUGAAGUACAUUGCUUGCUUUCAUUACAAAGCAGAAUCUUUAAUCACAAUGGCCAGCUCCAGGAAGAGUGCAGAAUAUCAAGCUGAGGAAAAGGUUGAAAAAUCCCAAACCUCAACAAUCCCCCCAAACCCACAUGUGCACAAUCUGACUGAAAUGAAUGUACUUAGGGAAUGUUAAGUCAAAAUAUUUAAAAAAUGUCACACAAAAUGAUAUUGUGAGAUUCUUUGCUUUAGGGAAAAAGGCUGCCUGUGGGGUGUGAGGGAGCCAUGAAAUGCUCUGCUUUAGGACAUGCCCUUUGCCUGUGAAGUCCUGGCAGUUUGUGGCUCUGGAUUCCUUCAUACAUUGUAGAGGAGAGAUGGUAGGAAAGUAGAGGACUUUUUUCCUUACUACAAAGCCAGAGUCUGUCUUGAGAUUGUCUUGAGCCAAAGGAAUUGUAGACAACAUGAAUGAUUAACUGUCCUGUUUCCAGAAUGCUUUCCUCUCUUUUUCUUUCCUCCUUUUCUUCGUUUGUCAGCCACAAUGUUAUUGGAUAUUUCAGGGAGUUUUCAAAAGACCUGAAAAGGUAAACCUUAAACAAUUUUUAUAAAAUCUUUUUCUUGAAGCAAUGCAAUUUACCAGUUGCAUUUCUCACUGUAGAACAGUCUCUCAUUUGACAUACACACAUACACAGAACUUCAAAAGCCCCUCACUUGUGCCUGUGGUUUGAUGAGCCUUUCUGUGAUUUACUCAUUAAUAUGGGCACUUUGAAAUCCCCAUACCUUGUACUGAAAUUUGCUCAAAGGAUAGACAAAAAUGCACUAUGUAAUGGAGUACCCAGUCCUCAUUCUGAGAUGUGCCCCAGUCAAUCUUUUGUUAAUAUUUGGCAGUCUGGUGGUCAGUUCCUCAAGGAUCUCUGUUUCUGAUUGAGGACAUUCUUCAAGUCCAAGAGGCUGUCUCUGCAGGUAGGCAGAGAAUUGAUUUUUCCCUCACUGCAGAAAAGCGUACAGCAGGCAUGGCUAUGAACUUCUUGAUCUUAGGAAUGAAAGUAGCAUACCAGGUUUUAACCCAGGUGGGUGGGAUACAGUAGAGAUGCAUGUUCCCAUUGUGUUUAAGGAAGACAGACACUAUUCCAGAUACCAAAAAGUCUCAGCAUAAAACCAUGUUGUAAAGGGGGUGUGUGAAGAGGCCAAGCUGUUUGCUUUGGACACCUCUUCCACUGCUACUACUUUUGUUAAACUAAUCAGGGAAAACCAGUGAAAAAUGAAAGAAAAUUAAAGCAGUGCUUGGGCACUGGACAGGCCAAAACUUUCCUGGCCUGUGGAUCUAUUUCUGAUACUCACGGCAAAUACGCACAGAUACUCUUCAAAUACAAUAUGCAUCAUUUGUAUGGAUGUCAGUACCCUGACUGACAGCCAUGCAUGAGAGGUGAAGACUUAAUGUGAUUUUUCUCUGGCAGAAAUCAGAUGCAUCCCUUUAAAAAGUCUGGAAACUGCUUGCCCUGACUGAUAUGCAAUCACCAACAUGAGACACUCAGUGGGAUUACAGUCUUUCUUAAAGAUGAUCACCAUACCUCCUAAAGGGCUACUGAAAGUGCUCUUUGUCUAGGGAGCUGGGAGAUGAACUACUCUUGGACUAGAAUAGUUUUGGGGAAUACCAAUUCAGAGAGAAUCUGCAGGCAUAUGUGGUUGUGAUGAAUUGAGAAAGGAUCCAUCUAAAUGGAGGGGAUGCUUUUGAUAUGAUCUGAGAUCUGCAGCAUUCCCUACGUUGCCUGGGUCUUCUAGAGCAAUGUCCAAGAACUUUGUCCCAUGCCUGCUUUUGGGAAGAGAGUGUGCUUGGGCAGCCCCAAAUUUGGUGCAGUGCUUUGAUCUUGGGAUCAGAAAACAAUUUUGAUUACAAGUUGUUCAUAACAGAAAAAUGAGGUGGAAGUGGUAUAUUGAUGCCAGAAUUCUCUUUGUGGGCUGUAUAGAGGUUCACAGUUUAAGAGUUUGGCUCUGUUCAUGGUGGGGUAGGAGUUGAAGUUCCAGAUACGUGGAUUUCUCAAAUGUGAAUACAGCAGUGUCAGCUGCAGAAUUCACCUGAGAGAGUGUCGGUCAGGGGCUGCCUGCUGGACCACCUGGAUUAUGUUACAUGAAGUGAAAUGCAAAAACUGUGAAACUACUUGAUAGUUAAAGCUGUUGAGCAACAGAAAUUUUCUUAAAAUGAGAUUUUAUAUUAUUCUCAGUUAUGUUUUAAUUUUCAUGUUUCAUGCCCUUAUACAAAAUGUAAAAGUUUUUGCAUAACAUAGAGGACUAUUAAUUUCUCACAGAACUGUUUACCAUUGAAGGUAUUUAUCUGGGAAUUGGUACUCAUUUUUAGAUAUUUUCAACAUGUUUGUUAGUAAACUUGCACAUAUCCAUCUUUCACCACUUUUUAUGCACAGACAUCUUGGAAAUGAAUUUAACAAAAGGAAGAACAGUGCUUUGAAAGAAGAUUAUGCAUAAGCAGGUUAUUUUUAGAAAACAGAAGAACUGUGGCUUCUGAAGAAAAUAUGAAACCGUAAAUAUUUAUACAAAAGUGCAUGAGGUAAAGAAAUUAAUGUAAGACAAUAUAAGCAAGACAUGUUCUUUGAUCACAGCUGUAAUGUUUAUUUUUCAUUGCCAAACAAUGUGUGACACUUACUUUUGAUUGCAUGUGCUGUUGGAAUAAUGCCUAAUAUAAAUCACAUGAAAUGUUUUGAGGGCUCAAAAAGAGACCAAAGAGGCCAUGCACAUUUUUGAUACUAAAAGCAAGGAGAUGAGCCCAGGACUGCUGUGACUGGAGUGGGCCUGCUAUGUGCUACAUUAGCAGAUUGAAUUGCAGGAUCAUCACCUUUGUAAAAAGCCUGAAAUACUAAAGUGUGGGUUGGCUUUGAGGGCAAGAACUGACAAAUGCAAAGCAUGCAUUGAUGACAAGAAGAACCUCUUCCUAGCUUAAAGAAUUCUGUACAGUGUUCUCUUAAGCUGUGCUGAAUUUGCUUUAAAAACAGUAAUAAAUCUUAUUGCUUAGGUCGAAUGUUA